AGCAAGUAUCAUUGAAAGCGACUCAAGUACGAUCAGCUGUUCUGACAACAAAACUAUUUCCAUAGUCAAUAUGACAGUAAAACAAACCACAACACCAUGUUCGGCUUAUGAGCAGUGUAGUCUGACAGAUGAAGAGAUGAGUAUCCAUAAAAAGAAUUGUAAUGAUGAGAUGUCAUGUUCCUUCACUUCGCUCGUUCCAAAUAGCUGUUUAAUGAAUUAUUACGGACACCUGAAUAUCUCGUAUUCUUGCAAAGAAAAUGUAGGCUGCAGUUGUAAUUUUGAAAGCGGGAUGUGUGGUUGGACCGUUAAAGGUCAGGAUAGGUACAUGUGGCAAAUCGGUAACGGAAAAAUUACUACAUCAAAUACAGGACCAAAUAGAGACCGCACAACUUCAACUUCGUAUGGUCACUAUGUUUAUACAGAAUCAAAAGGUGAUGUUAGACUAAAUGACGAAAGUGAUUUGAUAAGUGAGUUUAUAGUACCGAGCACGAAACAGUGUCUGUCAUUUUGGUAUCACAUGUACGGGAGAAGUUUAAAAAAACUGGUGGUAUACCAAAUGAAUAGUAAUUAUAAUAUUGAACUAUGGAAUGUAUCAAAUAGUCAAGGAAACAAAUGGUAUUUCCAGUCACUGACACUCAGAGAUAUAGGACCGUAUCAGAUUAAGUUUAAAGCAAUUAGAGGCAAGUGGCGCACAAGUGACAUUGCUAUUGAUGAUAUUGAUAUUACCAAUAAAGACUGCAAUGCUUUUCAUCUUCAAAUAGAUUGUAAUUUUGAAGCAGACAUUUGUAAAUGGUCAAAAAAUAAUAGCAAUAUAUAUGAAUGGAUAGUUUUGUCUGGCAGUACACCCUCUAAUGAUACUGGACCUGAAGUUGAUCACACUCUGGGUUCUUAUGGAUGA